GUGUCAACUUGACUAUAUGUCCGCACACGGAGACAUGUUGUACACGCAACAUGGAGGAGAAACUGUCAACCUUGACUAGAAAAGACCACGCCAGGCAUCUCGAGGAGUCGUUUAAAAUCUUAAAAACGAAUUUCGCCUCUAGAACCAAGAAGUUCGAUGAUUUCUUCACCGAGUUACUGGACAAAGCCAGGGCAGACCUACACGAGAUGUUUGUGAAGACUUACGGAUUACUCUACCAGCAGAACUCGCAGAUCUUCACGCAGCUCUUCGAUGAUCUCCGAGGCUACUACAAGGGCAAAGACAAGAACCUCGCCGAGGUGAUGGACAGCUUCUUCAGCAAGCUACUGCAGCGGAUGUUUGAGCUCAUCAACUCUAACUACAAAUUCGAUGACAGCUAUUUGGUCUGUGUCACCGAGAGAAUGAACGACCUGAAGCCUUUCGGAGACGUGCCACAGAAGUUGUCGUUACACGUCAAGCGGUCUUUCAUCGCGGCGAGAACCUUUGUCCAGGGUCUGGCUAUUGGUCGAGAUGUGGUGACCGCAGUAGUGGAG